AUGAUGAGCAGCCAAAUUGGCACAGUACGAUCCUUGAGGGUUUGUGUCGAACCGGCUGUACUUGAACUUGACGAAGAUGACGGUUUACUAUGGACAUCACUACAGACAGCUUUUCCGGGAUGCUCCGGGAUGUACUAUCGUGAUCGUGAAGCAGAUUGUCGUAGUGCGGUGAAAUUUGAUGGGAAAAAAUUCAUGCCACCAGGUGGAUCGUGGGACGAUCGACAAUAUUAUGUGACUCUAAGUCAACGAUGCCAUGCUGGGAUGCAAUCGUUGGGCAACUAUGAAACCGCUACGAAACAGUUUGAACGUUCUGUGAAUGCGGUGCAAAAAUUGCUGGGGACUAACUUAUUUGAAAUUCCCUACCGAACGCGAAAAAAUACCGGAAAAACAUCACCGGAUAGUGGUCUGGAAAACGAGAAACGUCUUGUUGUUGCAACAGAAAAUGCUGAGCCGUUAAAAGCAAUUCAGGAACGAGAACGACAGUUACAAAAAAUCGGCCGUAAACUAUCUCCAAUCGAGCAGCAAUUUGUCGAUUUGGCAAAAAUUUCCACCGGAAAGGAUGUGAUUAUCGAUCAGCAGCGUGAGGAAAUGCGAAGAACCAGUGAAAAAAUGUUGCAAGGUGAAAAGGAGCUUAAAAUUCAACAGGAAAAAUGUGAAGAUUAUGUGGCACGACUUCAAGCGAUGGACGAAGAAUUGACUAUGUUGAGAAAGUUGAGCACUGAGCAGAACUACCUUGGCGAUAAAGUAAGAGAGCUAACUACAAGACUCCUGGAUAAGGAAACUGAACUAGCCAGGACUAAAGAAGAACUCGAAGCGAAAAACAGAAGACUUGACGAUGAGCUGCGUGAGGCAAGAGAAAAGAACUCUUCGCUGUCGAUUAGCCUGGAGGCAGCUGUGGCGAAAUCAGCGGAAUUAUCCGAGCAACUACAAAUGGCUAUCGUGUCUCGUGAACUCCUGUCGAAUGAGUUAGCCCAACUUAGGCCACUGGCCAAUGCCAUUGACAUCAAUAAUGCAGACGGUGUCCUUGCUUAUCUGGAUGCGCUGGAAAAUGCUAAACGUCAUGAAGUUCAAGCAGCAAAAGCUCAAGCAGCUGCAAAUGAAAUUCAGGGUAAAUUUGACGAAUUGAAUGAAUUGCAAACGACGGUCAUGCAGGACAACACAUUAUUGCAUGCAAGAAAUGCCGAGCUCGAAGAACGAGUGGCAAAUUUCGAGAAAGAACUACAGAAUUUAAAUGAGGAAUGGAAGAAACAAGUGCAAAAAGAGAAACAUGAAUGGGAGGAGGCUCACCGAGAAAUCGAAACCGAAUGCACUUCAAUGAAAAAACAAUUGGUUGAUCUCCAAGAUGUGCUGGCUACGGUAACACGUGACGCUACCGAAAAUUCCCGCAGAGCUGCUGAACUUCAACAAUCACGUGAUGAACUGAGACGAACGCUGGAAUCGGCCGAAUAUAAAAUGCAGGAGCCAUUAAAACGUAAAAUUCGUGCACUGUCAGAUGAUCUACGUGAAUCUGAGAUGAAGAUUUCCGAAUUGAACGGACUCGUACGAAGUUUAACCGCAGAUGCUCACAACAGUCAACGUGACAUGGGAGAUAUUCUCUGA